UAAACUUCAGUGUGAAUUUUUCUUCGUACUCCAACGACGUCGUAACGCGCAGCUGACUGUCCUCUACCACAAAAAGUAUCUGGCUCCAGUUGUAGAGAAAAAUUCUUAUUAGAAAACUAUUAAUUGUAUAGUUUGUGUGCCAACAAACGAUUUUGUGAGACUCUAAUUCGGAGUGCAAAUAAAUUGAGGGCAAAAUGUCUAUAUCUGCAAAACAAGCUAACAGGGAGCACGUCCUGGCUGUUUCCAGGGAUUUCAUCUCUCAGCCACGUUUAACCUACAAAACUGUUUCUGGUGUCAACGGUCCUUUGGUAAUUUUGGACGAAGUGAAAUUCCCUAAAUAUGCUGAAAUUGUACAAUUGCGCCUUGCUGAUGGCACAAUUCGCUCCGGACAAGUGCUUGAGGUGAGCGGUUCCAAAGCCGUCGUCCAAGUUUUCGAAGGUACUUCGGGAAUCGAUGCGAAAAACACAGUGUGCGAAUUCACUGGUGAUAUUUUGCGUACACCUGUGUCUGAGGAUAUGUUGGGUCGUGUGUUCAACGGCUCAGGCAAGCCCAUCGACAAAGGUCCCCCAAUUUUAGCAGAAGAUUUCUUGGAUAUCCAAGGUCAACCUAUCAACCCCUGGUCACGUAUUUAUCCCGAAGAAAUGAUUCAAACUGGUAUUUCCGCUAUUGAUGUGAUGAAUUCCAUUGCUCGUGGUCAAAAGAUUCCAAUCUUCUCAGCUGCUGGUUUGCCACAUAACGAAAUUGCCGCUCAGAUCUGUCGUCAAGCCGGUUUAGUUAAGAUCCCCGGAAAAUCUGUUUUGGACGAUCAUGAAGAUAAUUUCGCCAUUGUGUUCGCUGCUAUGGGUGUGAAUAUGGAAACUGCUCGUUUCUUCAAACAGGAUUUCGAAGAGAACGGUUCUAUGGAGAAUGUGUGUCUUUUCUUAAAUUUGGCCAACGAUCCAACCAUCGAACGUAUUAUUACACCUCGUCUAGCCUUGACCGCUGCCGAAUUCUUAGCAUACCAGUGCGAAAAGCACGUGUUGGUCAUCCUUACGGACAUGUCUUCAUAUGCUGAAGCUUUGCGUGAGGUGUCGGCUGCUCGUGAAGAAGUGCCCGGUCGUCGUGGUUUCCCCGGUUACAUGUACACUGAUUUAGCUACCAUUUAUGAACGUGCCGGUCGUGUUGAAGGUCGCAAUGGUUCCAUUACACAAAUUCCCAUCCUUACUAUGCCUAACGAUGAUAUCACCCAUCCAAUUCCUGAUUUGACUGGAUAUAUUACUGAAGGCCAAAUUUACGUUGAUCGUCAACUACACAACAGACAAAUCUAUCCACCAGUUAACGUGUUGCCAUCGUUGUCACGUUUGAUGAAAUCUGCCAUUGGUGAGGGUAUGACUCGCAAGGAUCACUCUGAUGUCUCCAAUCAGCUGUAUGCCUGCUACGCUAUCGGUAAGGAUGUACAAGCCAUGAAAGCUGUCGUUGGUGAGGAGGCGCUGACGCCUGAUGAUUUGCUGUACUUGGAGUUCUUGACCAAAUUCGAAAAGAACUUCAUUUCUCAGGGUAACUACGAAAACCGCACCGUCUUCGAAUCGUUGGAUAUUGGCUGGCAGUUGCUGCGUAUCUUCCCCAAGGAGAUGCUGAAGCGUAUUCCAGCUUCGAUUCUCGCGGAAUUCUAUCCCAGAGAUUCCCGCCAUUAAAUUUAUUAUCAAAUAUGUUGCUUUUCAUUUUGUUUUUUUGUUUUUUGGGUUUACGUAUCCGCUGCAGUUUUAAACGCAAAGCGCCAUCAACUUACAUCCCUAUCAAAUAUACUAUUAAUUAUCAGAUCAUAUGAAAAACAUCGAUAGUAAGUUUAACUAUAAAAUGGGAAAAAUGUGAAAUAUGCUUCAAACUGCAACUGAAAGUGAAAAUCCUAAUGAAACUAAUUAAUUAUGGCCGAACGAAGAUAUUUAGCAAAAUAGGAGACAAUGAAUUGUAAUUGUGACGCGCUUGAUGAUUCACACGUCCGCUAUGUGUGGCGUUAAAAUGUUUUAUUACAACUACUUAAAUUAUAAAUGUGUUAGAUAAAUUGUAAACACUUUGUAAAAGUCAUUAAAUCUAAAAUAUUUGCUAAAUUGAAUGUUAUGUAAAGCAUAAAUACCGAUAACACACCUUACACCGUAAUAAGAAUGUAAAUAACUAAUUGUUUAGAAAAGGCGAAUCACUGUAAAAAACGCAGCAUAGAUGUGUUACUUCGUGUUUUAUCCGUUCAUUGUAAGAUCUUGUAAAUUAUAUCAGGUUUUUGUGUCUGCUAAUUAUACUUUUGUUUUAUUUCUCCAAAAAACUUAAAGAUUUCUCUGAACCUAGAUAACGCAGCCCAUCACCAGUCGCAGUUGCGAUAAAACUUGUUUAUUCUCACAUGUUUUAGUUCUUAAGUUUUCAAGUUUGAAGUCACAGCUUAAAAGCACACAUAUACACACUUACAUAUAGAGCAUUCCAACUUAAAGUUAUUUUUAAUUAACGCAAUAAUGUUUUGUUCAUGCAUACAUGUUACUCAAUGUUCAAGUAUUAAAAAAUCUAUCCCAACUCUACUCACACGCACACAAACCCGAGUUUUUCUUAACAAACCCACACUUGGCGAAAAUCUAUCGUAAAUGUUCGACACAACUCGCCAACUGGCCUUUCAGUGAGAGUUGAUGAGUCUAAACUUUUUUCUUGUUUUUUUUAGAGCUUUCAAAUUGCUUAAAUUUUUUUUUCACUAAGCAUACUGUAAAAUUUGUUGAAACUAACCUUUGGAUGAUAAUAAUGAUAAUAAUUCUUAACAAUGUUUGUUGUAAACUAGAACGCAAUAGCGGGAGCAGAAAUAUAGAAAAAAGUCUAUAAUAUAUAUAAAUUUAAUAAUACAAUUUAUGUAUGUAUAAAAUAAAAUUUAUGAAACUAUGUAUAUCAACUACAACAAUAAAGUGAGAGACAAAUGUAUUACUCUGUUAAA